AUGCCAAAAGCGCAAUAUACGCAAAAGUUCCGGGAUUGUUGGUUACGGGACUCCCAAUUAAAGGACUGGCUGCAAGUGAUAGAAAGUACAGCUGGUCCAAUUGCAAAGUGCAGAUUAUGUGGCUCUGUAUUGAGAAAUCAUUACGGAGAUUUAAAGAAUCACGGAUUAUCGAAAAAACACUUGCAAAAUUCAAAGAUUAUAGCUACGCAACCAAAGUUGCCUUUUAAACGAGAAGGCGUGGGAAAAAGAAAGAAGAAGCUAGGCUAG